AUGAAGCUUCCCAAGAUCUACAACACCUACAUGGUGGCGUUCAUUGCCACCAUGGGUGGCAUGCUCUUUGGUUUUGAUAUUUCGUCCAUGUCGGCCAUUAUUGGAACGCAGCAAUACAACGACUACUUUGACAAACCUGCCGGAGUCGUCCAAGGUGCCAUUGGCUCAAGUCUUGCCGCAGGAUCUGUGGUGGGCUCAAUCGUCGCAGGCCCCCUUUCGAACAAAAUCGGCCGCCGAGAUUCGAUAAUGUUCGCCUGCAUUUUUUGGCUUAUCGGCACGGCUGUCCAGGCAGCGACCACUGGUAUUGGCUCGCUCAUCGCAGGGCGUAUCCUGAACGGCAUCACUGUUGGCAUCACCAGCUGCCAAGUUCCUGUUUACCUCGCAGAGAUCUCUCGGAAGGAGAAACGAGGAGGCGUUAUUGUUAUUCAACAGCUUGCUAUCAAUUGGGGUAUCUUGAUCAUGUUUUUCAUUGGAUAUGGAUGCUCCUUCAUCAAAGGCACGGCGUCUUUCCGAACAGCCUGGGCCAUUCAAUUUGUCCCAUGCGUCUUCCUCAUUAUUGGACUGCCCUUCCUCCCCAGAUCUCCGCGUUGGCUUGCAAAGGUAGACCGCCCGGACGAGGCCAUCAACAUCCUCGCCAAAAUUCACGCAAAGGGAAACGCCCAGGACCCUCUUGUUGUUGCGGAAUGGGAAGAUAUUACCGAAACAAUCGCGGCCGAAAGAUCGGGGGCGCACCGUGGAUGGCGACGGUUCGUGGAAAAUGGAAUGUGGAAACGCACACUGGUCGGCUUCACUAUCGGUAUGUGGCAACAGAACAGUGGCGCGAACGUCAUGACAUAUUACGUAGUCUACAUCUUCAUGAUGGCCGGGCUUACAGGCAACGUUAACCUCAUCGCCUCGGGUGUCCAGUAUGCACUAUUCAUCAUCUUCACCACCUGCAUUUUCUUCUUCGUCGACAAGGUCGGCCGAAGGCCUCUCCUUGUGUAUGGAGUCCUCGGAAUGGCUGCCUGUCACUUCGUGGUUGGCGGUAUUCUCUCCCAUGGUGAAAAUGUUCCGGGGGGUGUGGGGGCCAAUCCGAACGUGUUGAUCAAAGUCACUGGAGGGAAGGCUAAUGCAGUCAUUGCAUUUUCAUACCUGCUGGUUAUCAUCUAUGCCCUGACACUGGCCCCGGUGGUAUGGGUCUAUGCUGCAGAAGUAUGGAGUCUGGAAACUCGCUCCGUCGGUAUGAGUAUUAUGGGGGUUGGCAUUUGGCUGUUCAAUUUCGCAUUGGGUCUUUAUAUCCCUCCCGGAUUCCAGAAUAUCAAGUAUGGCAUGUUUAUUGUGUUUGGAUGCAUGUGUGUCCUUGCGGCGGUACAAUUCUAUUUCACCUAUCCCGAAACUUGCAACAAGUCACUUGAGGAAAUCGAGUUCUUGUUCUCAAAGGAGGGCCCGAAGCCCUGGAACACCAGGCCGGGUGAGUCUAGAUUGGACAGACUCAUUGACGAAGCUCGUGAGAAGCGGAUCACUGUCGAAGAAGUCCAGAAUAAGCGGACUUCGACAGACCGUGCUCUGCAUGUCGAAGUGACACGUGGUACCCAGCCUAUCGAGGUAGGUAAUGCCUAG